CUGAAAGGCCUAUUUAUUGAAGAAAGCCGAUCCUUCCGACUGCCGAGCACCGAGUGUAGUGAAGUUUUUUUUUUUUUUUUCUCAGCCUAACCAUUUAUUUAUUAUUGUUUUUCUAGGCUUAAAAACCAUGUCUACUUUCAAUCAGAAUAACGAUACUCAAUUAACCAAUCUGAUCGUCAACUAUCUGCCGCAAAACAUGACGGACAAGGAACUCUUCAGCAUGUUCGUAACCAUAGGACCUGUAGAAAGUUGCCGGGUUAUGAAAGAUAACAAAACUGGUUAUAGUUUCGGAUUUGGAUUUGUAAAUUAUUCUCGGAAAGAAGAUGCUGCUAGAGCCAUCAGCUCUUUAAAUGGUUUGCAAGUCCAGAAUAAACGCCUGAAAGUCUCUUACGCUCGGCCCUCAGGAGAAGAGAUUAAAGAAACUAAUCUUUAUGUAACUAACCUCCCUAGAACUAUUACUGAAGAACAGUUAGAAUUUAUGUUUUCAAAGUUUGGAAGGAUCGUGCAAAAAAAUUUAUUAAAAGACAAAGUCACAGGAAUGCCUAGAGGAGUCGCUUUUGUCAGAUUUGAUCGUCGUGAAGAAGCUUUGGAAGCAAUCGAAAGAAUGAACGGUACAGUUCCUGAAGGAUCUCAAGAUCCUAUCACUGUCAAAAUAGCAGAAGAACAUGGUAAACAAAAGGCAGCAUACUACGCUGGGUUUCACGCAGGUUAUAACCAGAGUCGAGAAUGAUGAUUUCGAGAUUCUACAAGCUGUUUCCAACUGAAUAUAAUUUUUAUUUAUUAUUUUGUUCAAUUGUUUCUCUUGAUCUAUUACUAUGCAAACCUUUCUUUAAAAGUAAUAUUUUUGAUCUUUUUUUCGCUUUCCCUUUUUUGCCAACAACUUUCAUCUGUAUCCUCAUGAAAUUUUGAUCAUCUAUUUUCUCCCUGUAGCUAUCCCUUUCUCCUCUUUCCGUUCUCUCCUAUUUCUACUCACUUACCCUCUCAAACAUUGGACUCAGUGUGUUUAUUAUCAUUAUAUGAAGUAAUUAGAGUGAAGACUUUCCAAGGGCCUUGAUAUCUUACUUUCAUCAAACGUUCUUAAAGUUUUGACUAUCGCAACUUAUCUCAUUUUCAACUCAAACGGCCAUUCAAGUUUCAUUCUUUCAUUAAGGAAGAACUCUAAAUCAUAUAAAGGGUUAGGCCCUCUGUUCCCAGAAGAAUUGUAUUUCAACAUCAGGGCAACAUUAUUCCUGAGGGGAAGGAAAAGCAAAUUUAGAGGGGGGGGGGAACCCUUGUAGAUGUAAACAUAAUUGCAGUGGAUGCGUCACAAAUUUACUGUCUUUUAGCCAAAAUCCAGCUUUUUGCACGGUGGGCAAAUCCCUCUCUCUUCAGAAAAUAUAAGAAACUUGCUUUUUUUCUCUUUUCUAGCCAGUUAAUGAAUUUCUUUUUAUUUAUUUAACUAAUAACUACUUUUAUCAGUAUUAAGUUUUUCACAAUUGAAUCCGCUCCAACUGGUUCGAAUUUGUUUACGCACUUUGUUUAUUAUUAUUUUUUAAAAGUUGAUGCCUAAUUUAUACAUUGAUGUGAAAGAUUUUUUAAUUUUAAAUACCUCAUUUUGUCCUUUUGUUGUUUACAUUCAUAAUUUUCUCAGGACUCGGGUCAAUUAUUUAUUUUCUAUUUUAUUAGUCAAACAGCGGAGCACUCAAGACUCAUCAGAUUUUUUCCUUGUUUCUUUUCUAAUCUAGGUGCCCUCCGAUGUCUGAAGAAAAAAUCACCAGUUUAUUUAUAUUUUUUUAACCUUUUUCCUAAUUUUGAUCUUGAUUUCUGAAUUUUUACAGUUAGAUUGGCCGUCAUGUUUUCUUCAGUUUAUUUAUUAUUGUUUUUCAGGAGUAAAAUCUGAAGAAGAAAUUUUAGGUUUAACUAUUUUGCCUGUUUUUUUUUCUUUCUUUUUCACAGGACCUUUUAAUUUAUUUAUUAAUUUUUAUUUCUGGCACUGUUUAUUUUUGUGUCCUUUUUGUCCUACUCGAACAUUCACACUAAAAAUUUCUUCAAUUGGCAGAGCUCACAGUAAUUUUCAAAAUUCGGUCACAAUAUUUUCUAGAAUGAUUUUUAGAUUGUUCACUUUAUUAUACUAUUUCAAACCCACUACUUUCCAUGUUCCCUUCAUGGAAAUGAUGUAUAAAUUCAUCAUACUGGGAAUGGCUGUCACCUAAUCUGAAACGCAAAAAUUGGAGCCAGUGAUGGACCUUUAAGAAUCGUUGACAAAUUUAAUUUAGCAAUUCAAGAUAAAUCAAUUGAAUGUGUGUUCAAGUAAACAAUGAUAAUGAAGCGAUACUUUUGUUUUUUGUUGAAAGAGAUAAUUUUAAUUGAAGAAGGAUGAACAGUCCUGUAUUCAUUUCUCUUACUCAAUCUACACGUUUUUUAAAGUAAAAGCUCAGUUGCCAGGUCCAUGACCUACCCUGGGGGAAAAAUGAGAUAGCAGGAUUCAGUUCCCCAUUCCGAGCGUAAAAUCAUCCUAGCGUUGUAGAUUUUUGUGUGCAGUAGGAAAGUUUCCGCUUUCAUCAAUCUAAAACUAUGCUGCUACUUCUAAUUAAUGUGUUCAUUGCUUCAAUUGAUGCAGCAUAUUUAAGUAAUGUAGGUGAAUCCAAAAAAAGAAAAACAAAAAUCGUCAUUCAUUAACUGAUCAACAAAAAUUACAUUUUUUUAGUCUAACUGCAACCCUUUUAUAAUAAAAUUGAACCAUUAAAAGUGGGGAAUAUCGGAAAUUUAAAAUCAAUUUUGAAAA